AUGCCUCCGGAUACCCCCCUCAACUCGCUCCCCAACGAGGCAAGCUUCGCCAUCUUCCCCUUUUCUCUCCUCCUAUCAAUCCUCAACGACCUCCCCACCUCCGACCUCCUCCCCCUCACCGCCGUCUCCCACCACUUCUCCUCCAUCGCCCUCCGCAUCUUCCACCACCGCCUCCACAACCUCGCCGUCUCCCUCUCCCCCUCCGGCCGCCACAAGCUCAUCCUAGAAUGCUACCACCCCACCGCCAAAAUCUCCACCCCCUACCUCUACUGCGAAUACUUAUCAACCGAUCAGUUCUACGAUGAGUCUUCCGACUCUGCCCUGCGGAACAGUCUAGGAGAAGUCUACUCCCACUUCAAACCCGUUCUCCAAGACGAGAACCGCCGUCCUCGAACGCGCUAUCCCCGACGACGACCUGAACCUGAAGAAGAGGAGGAGAAAACUGUUCCCCAUCAGGAUAUCUACCUUGAUGCUGAUGAGGGGUUUUCUCAACUCUGCGUUAUCACGAAUCUAGUCAAGCUCGGACCGAAGCCUGGGCUUUUUCUGUCACACGUUAACAUCUCCGAGGGGCUUAUCCGUCUUAAACGUAACUUUCUGUCGACGGCAUCGUCAAAUAGGACAGCAGAGUCAGAGGUACUGUGGGCAGAUACGAAGCAGACUAUCGGACUCAAGUUCAAGAUUGAAGAAAAGGACACAGGAAUAGAAAGGCCGGUAUUGGUGGCGGAGGGGGAGGAACUGCCGGUGGCGUACAGGCUGCAGUUUGAGGAGUUGGUCGUCAGAACGGGGGAGUUGCUAGAGGCGUUUGAGGGGGCCGAGAGGCAGGAGGGGGAGGUUGAUGGCGAAGGAAGAGAAGGUAGGGCUGUGGUUAUUGCUGCUUUUUGA